AUGCCAGAAGCCUGUUUUCUUUGCCUAGAUUCCACGGAGUUUACACGGAAUGGUGACCAGUUUCCGAAUCGCUUUCUCGCAAUGCAGGAGGCGGCCAAUCUGUUAGUCAAUGCCAAAAUUCAGAUGAACGCUGAAAAUACUGUUGGUUUUCUCUCACUUGGCGGAAAUGCUUGUACGGUGUUUGAAACGCUUACGCAGGAUGUGGAUCGUGUUAUGGCAAGUCUGACAAAGAUUCGUAUCAGUGGGAAACAGUGUCACUUCUCAAAGGGUCUGCAAAUUGCCUGUCUUGCUCUCAGUCAUCGGACCAAUCCAAGAGCUGAGAGACGUAUUGUUGCUUUUAUUGGCACUCCACUUACUGAGACAGAUGAAGAACUUGAUAUUUUGGCAAGAAAACUAAGAAAAGACGAUGUCUCAGUUGAUGUUGUUGGAAUUGGUGUUGAGUCUAAUGUUCCAAGAUUGGCGGCAUUUGUGGAAAAGUUAAGUAAACGAGGGAAUUCACAUUUUCUCAAUGUGUCCGUGUCUACGAAUCUCACUGACUCACUAAUGUCCAGCCCUAUAUUUUUGGGUAGUGAUGCCGUUGAAAGCGCUGCUGAGGGUCAUAAUGAGUUCCAGGGAUUUGGUAUAGACCCCUCCACCGAUCCAGAGCUCGCGAUGGCCAUUCGUAUGUCUUUGGAGGAGGAACAACAGCGUCAGGCUGCUGUGGCUGCUGCUGCUGCCGCCGCCGCUGCGUCUGACGCUAACAGAGGAGCAAAUGCGACUUCUACUCCGCAGGCAGAGGCGGAAAAUCUGGAAAACCUCUCUGAGGAAGAAAUGCUUGCGCGGGCCUUGCAAAUGUCAUUAGAGGAGGCACAAAAGGCCUCUCGGGGCCCAGAGGAAUCCAAUCCAACUACACAUCCUGAGGAGGACGCUUUUGCGCGUGAGGUUGAGAAUGAACUUAAAAAUGAGCAGGAGUCAAAGGAUACCAGUGGUAACACAAAUGACAAGGAAUCUAAAAAAGGAGGAGAUGGAGAUAAGAAAUAG